CCCGGCCUCUGCACCUCUGACCCAGGGACCCAGGCCUACCCGUCACGCUCCACACCACACCUGCGUUCUCGCUCGCUCGCACUAGCAGGCAGGGAGGAUGGCCGGGAGCAGCGUCUCCGGCGGCGGCGGCGGCCGCCCGCCGCUGUUCGCGACGGAGAAGCCGAAGCGGGUGCUGGCGUACCGGCUGUACGCGGGCACCAUCUUCGCGGGGAUCCUCCUCAUAUGGUUCUACAGAGCCACCCACAUCCCGGCGAGGGGCAGCAGCAGCCUGGGGUGGCGGGCGGGGCUGGGGCUGCUCGUGGCCGAGCUCUGGUUCGGCCUCUACUGGGUCCUCACCCUCUCCGUGCGCUGGAACCCGGUCCGCCGCGCCACCUUCAAGGACCGCCUCUCGGAGAGGUAUGAUGAUGACCAGCUCCCUGGUGUGGACAUAUUUGUGUGUACAGCGGACCCAGCUCUUGAACCACCCAUGCUUGUCAUCUCCACGGUUCUGUCUGUUAUGGCUUAUGACUACCCGCCAGAGAAGCUAAACAUCUAUUUGUCUGAUGACGCUGGUUCCGCUGUAACAUUCUACGCUCUUCAUGAGGCAUCUGAGUUUGCAAAGCACUGGAUUCCAUUUUGCAAAAAUUACAAGGUGGAGCCUAGGUCUCCAGCUGCCUACUUUGCCAAAGGGGCUACCCCUCAUGAUGCUUGUAGCCCUCAAGAAUUUCUUCGCAUGAAGGAGUUGUACAAGGAUCUGACAGAUCGCAUGAACUCAGUAGUACAUUCAGGCAAGAUUCCCGAGGUUCCAGAAUGCAACCAUAGAGGCUUCUCUGAAUGGAAUGAGACGAUAACUUCUGGAGAUCACCCUUCAGUAGUCCAGAUUCUAAUUGAUAGAAACAAACGGAAGGCAGUUGAUGUAGAUGGAAAUGCAUUGCCAAAACUUGUGUAUAUGGCACGCGAGAAGAGACCUCAGGAGCAACAUCACUUCAAAGCUGGAUCAUUAAAUGCUUUGAUAAGGGUAUCUUCGGUGAUAAGCAACAGCCUAGUCAUUCUUAAUGUCGAUUGUGAUAUGUACUCCAACAACUCUGAGUCCAUUAGAGAUGCAUUGUGUUUCUUCCUAGAUGAAGAGCAAGGUCAAGAUAUCGGUUUUGUGCAGUACCCUCAGAACUUUGACAAUGUGGUGCACAAUGACAGCUAUGGCAAUCCCAUCAACGUUGUCAAUGAGUUGGAUAACCCUUGCUUGGAUGGAUGGGGUGGAAUGUGUUACUAUGGCACUGGAUGCUUCCAUCGCAGGGAGACCCUCUCUGGACAAAUAUAUAGUAAAGAUUACAAGGAAGAUUGGGCUAGAGGAGUGGGGAUAGCAGAAAAUGCAGAUGAGCUGGAAGAAACGUCCAAGUCACUUGUGACAUGCACGUAUGAGCAUAACACCCCAUGGGGCAUUGAGAAAGGAGUUAGAUAUGGGUGCCCACUGGAGGAUGUCAUUACAGGAUUGCAAAUCCAAUGCCAUGGGUGGAGAUCGGUGUACUACAACCCGGCCAGAAAGGGCUUCUUAGGCAAGGCCCCUACCUCACUAGGCCAGAUCCUGGUUCAGCACAAGAGAUGGUCAGAAGGGUUCCUCCAAAUGUCCCUCUCCAAUUACAGUCCCUUUUUAUUAGGCCAUGGUAAGAUCAAGCUGGGUCUUCAAAUGGGUUACUCGGUCUGUGGCUUCUGGGCCCUGAACAGCUUCCCCACCUUUUACUAUGUCAUCAUUCCUUCACUUUGCUUCCUCAGUGGCGUCUCUGUUUUCCCUGAGAUAACCAGCCCUUGGUGCAUUCCAUUCAUAUACGUCGUGGUAGCUUCAUACUCCUGGAGCCUAAUGGAAUCGCUGCAAUGUGGUGACACUGCAGUGGAGUGGUGGAAUGCACAAAGGAUGUGGCUCAUGAGAAGGACCACCUCCUACCUCCUGGCGGCCAUCGACACGAUUGGUGGAAUGCUGGGCGUCUCCGAGUCCGGAUUCGAGCUGACGGUGAAGGUGGAUGAGUCGCAGGCUCUGGAGAGGUACAAGAAGGGGAAGAUGGAGUUCGGGCCCAUCUCGGGUAUGUUUGUGAUCAUCACCACGAUCGCGCUGUUCAACCUGGUGUGCUUGGUGCUCGGGCUGGGCAGAGUUCUGUUGCGCGGAGGCGCGGAAGGGCUGGGGCCACUGUUUCUGCAGGCUGUCCUCUGCGUGGCCAUAGUGGUGAUCAAUGCCCCGGUCUACGAGGCCCUCUUCAUCCGCAGGGACAGCGGAGGCCUGCCUUAUUUCGUCACCCUCGUUUCCCUUUGCUUUGUGUCGUCGCUCUGCCUACAGGCUAUCUAGAAAUGAAUUCGGGCGUGAUGACGAUAGACAGACAUGAAUGUGGAAUGUUGGGUUUGAGCCUUGCUAUGAGUAAACAUUUUGAAACAAUCUAUUUACAUGGCUCUGAACUUGCAUGUUA